UGCUCUUAAGUAUAAAGAUAAAUCAGAAUAAGAAUCGAAAAAUAUUGUUUAUCACUUUUACUUUUAUUUUUAUGCCAUUCCUAUUUAGUUUUUUUAAAAAAAAGAUGUUUUGUUUUUACGUUAAGUAGUAGGCGUCGCCUUGUAGUUUCGCGCCAUUGUCGGCACGCCGAAUUUGCAAGCUCGUGUGGGCGUUCUAUAAAUGUAAACAUUAAAUGACAACUAUAUUUCGAAAAGUUUUUUUGAGAAGCGAAAUCACUAAGAAUUCCUAAUGCACAUUAUGCGAUUAAUAGAUAAUGUUGUCCGGAGCUUUAAAGUAGCUAAAGUAUUCCGGGAAAAUACCGAUCGAAUUAACAGUAUAGACUUUUCCCAAAAUGGUGAAACUUUGAUAUCGAGUAGCGAUGAUGAAUCCAUUGUUAUAUAUGACUGUGAAAGAGGAACGCACAAACGCACUUUGCAAAGCAAAAAAUAUGGUGUCGAUUUAAUUCGUUAUACACAUGCACCCAAUACAGCAAUACAUAGUUCUACUAAAGUAGAUGACAAUGUCCGUUAUCUUUCACUUCAUGACAACAAAUACAUUAGGUAUUAUCAAGGCCAUACAAAGAAAGUCGUAUCAUUAUGUAUGUCACCAGUUGAUGACACAUUCAUGUCCAGUUCACUUGACAAAAGUAUAAGAAUAUGGGAUUUACGAUCUCCAAAUUGUCAGGGUGUGAUGCAUUUGCCUGGUAAUCGUUCAGUGGUGAAUUAUGAUCCUGAAGGGUUAAUUUUUGCUGUGGGCUUGAACUCAGAAUUGGUCAAAUUAUAUGAUUUAAAGUCAUUUGAUAAAGGUCCAUUCAAUACAUUUAAACUCCCUCAAGACAAAGGAUGUGAUUGGACAGGUUUAAAAUUCAGCCCUGAUGGCAAGACAAUCCUCAUAUCUACAAAUGGUCAAGUCAUUCAUCUCAUUGAUGCAUUUCAAGGAACGCCAUUGCAAGAAUUUACGGGUUACAUCAAUAACAAAGGAAUGGCUUUAGAAGCAUCAUUCAGUCCUGAUUCUCAGUUUAUAUUUAGUGGCUCUACUGAUGGCCGAGUUCAUGUGUGGAGUGCAGAAACAGGUAUAAAAACCGCAGAACUAUUUUGUGAUCAUACUGGACCUGUGCAAUGUGUUCAGUUCAAUCCAAAGUAUAUGUUAUUGGCCUCUGCAUGCACAAAUAUGGCUUUCUGGGUCCCUACUGUGGAUGACAACAUGUAGAUACAUUGUUUCCCUCCUCAUUUGUACAAAUAUUCUCUAAGUUUUGAAGCUUCUUUCUUUAGAUGUUUUAAAGCUUUCAUUUCUCAACAUGUAUUUUGACCAUUUAACAUGUAAAAAAAUCUAUCAUUGUUUCAUCUUUCAACUUAUACAUAGUCAUAGGCAUUGUUUUUAAUGCUUACUGUGUCUACUAUAAAAGCUUUUAUAUUGCCAUUUUGUUUAUUUAUCUUGUAGAUACUUUUGUCUAAUAAAAUGUCCUUGACUGUUUUGUAAUGUUUUUGUAAAAGGUAGACUCAUUUUCUUUUGUUUUUGAUUCUGUAUAUAAAUUUUUUACUAGCUUUUAACUAUUACUUUUAACUUAACAGACAUGUAUAGUUGGUGCCAUUAUAUGUAUAUGUGCUGAUUUUAAACUGUUUACUCUCAGGGAAUCAUGAGUAAAGUUUUAAAGUUGUUUAUAUAAGAUUUCAGUAUUUAACAAGUAAUCAUAUUUGUUGAUUGGAUUUUUUUUUAUUCAAAAGCAAAGUGUAUGAUCUAAAUAUUAUAAUAAAUGAUUCGAAUAAAAAAAGG